AUGCAACGGGCUAUUCUCGGGGACAAUGCGGAACAUGAGCGAGCUAAAGACAACGCGCGGCGUGCGAUCGCUGUAGGACGCCAAGUUUUCGGCUUUCCACGCCAUCCGACUCCAGCCGUAAUUCAAACAAGCGUAAGUGCUGCAGAACUAGGCCGUCUUUUGCCGGAUCGCGAGACUGUGAGCUACACCUUUCAGGCGCAGCAUAUGGUACUACUCCCAAAGAAAUUGACUGAGAGAUUGGUUUUGUUCUUAAAUUCAUUCCAUUUUGGACUAUAGAGCAGGGACAUCCAGAUCCUUAUCUGAUUCUUCACAUCGACUUGUAUGUACUAGAAGGAUAUUUUGUUCUUGACUCAACAUCAGGGCAAUCCAGUUGUGUUGGUAAAGACGUUGUUUGCAGCAGUAGGGCGGGACGCCCGGGAAGCUGGGUGGCACCCGGGAGGGGCGCUUGAAUCUCACCUGCCGCCAGAGAGUCGCAUUAGCGGUCUACGAGAUGGAUCGUCGCCGAUGCAGACCUAUUACACCUCUGGCGUGAAGGCGACCCUGCUUGACGCCCCUUGGAACUGGGCACGAGAUGAAAUCGCGCUUGGACGACCCAACGAUGAGGUGCUGCAGCUCAGAGCUGUUGUUCGUUUUCCCCUAGUAGUUUGCAUAUCAUUUCCUCUUACACCUAGUUUGCCAUCACGAUCUUCUUCUUCACAUCCAGAAUAAGACAUCUUCAUCUUUAUCUUAGCCAAUAGAUGUAACACAGGAGUAGACCUCCACUGAAACACUGGUAAUCGUGAAGAUAAAUAAGCAGUCUUCGAUUUUUUUGGUUUUACUGAGUCAAUAGAUUCGGGGGGUUCGUUCCGCAAAAUUACUUCCAAUCGACCUCAAAAAUCAGGAUCACAAUAAUAGGGAAGACGAUCCAAACGAGUAUUUUGCUGCGCCGUUGAAGCGUUGGGGGUUCGUGCCGGUGUUGAAGGAGUACUCACCGGAUGCCCAAGUGUACACCGAUGCUCCCACGCAGGUGCUGUGGAGUAGCAAAGACGAAACCAUGUCUGAACCUUGCGCUAAAUUGUCAGGAAAAGCCGACUCGGAGGCGCCUGCUGCAAGUGGUUCGGCAAAUGAUGCAAAACCUAUCCUGGCACGCCAAGCACGACUCCGGUUAGCUUGUUCGGAGGAGGUCGUAGGCAGGGUUACUACAUCUACUGAGGGCAAAGCCUUCUCUACGGAGAUGGACACUACAUCUCAAGAGAAGGGUGAGGUCAAGAUUCAGGCGAAAAGUGGCACGACGGAAACUUCUGAAGAGAAGGAGGAGACCGCUUGUUAUCAGGCAAAUGAUACAAACAGUCCUGUGUCAGGUCAAAAACAACAUCAGCGCAAGGUCUUUUUUGUAACGGGAGCAACUGGAGGAGGCUUAGAGCAAGCGAUCACGGAAUUGCUACUCGAGGAUGAGCGCAACGUCGUCUAUGCCGGUGUGCGGAGUAGCGAGAAGCUGUCUAAAACAUUCUCGAAUCUAGUAAAUGAAGAUCGGGUGACCAUGACCAAGCAUAUCGAUGACAACGACGAUGAAGAGGAGGAUUGGAAGACAAAGGGACGCGCAAGUAAUGUGGAUGAAGACAGCAGAAGGAGCCCUCGUCUGCGCUUUGUGAAACUCGACUUGACAGGAUCUGACGACGAAAUUUUCGAAGCAAUUCAGCUUGUGGAGGAGGCGGAACGAACGGAAGCAAGGAGCCAUGGCAGAGACCCGGAUAUGGAUGAUGUUUUUUCUCCCAGCUUUAACAGAUGACCAUGCUGAUCGUGGCUGACCCUUUUCCAUUUGAAUGUGUAUUGGUCAAAGGGGGAGAAAAGACACCAUUUAUACAGGAGAUGGCCGGAAUCGAUGUGCUGAUUUCUGCUGCUGGCAUAGGUCGUAACUGGCCGCUGGAGUGUGAGACGACGGAAACGAUUGCGGAAUGCCUGCGCAUCAACCUCUCAGCGCCAAUCACGUUGAAUCAAGCUGUUUUGGCGAGCAUGAAGAGACGUAGCGUGUUGCUGAAGAAGAGACAGAGCAGUGUGAUAAACAAAGACACGGAGAUGCUGAGCACAAGUUGCUCGCCAAGCCAUUUUGAGGGAACGGAACAGCAACAAGAUGAACAUGAAGUAGCAUCUUCUGGUGCUCAGGCGUCAGCUCUUCCUCAAGUGGAGCAAACAGCAGCCUUACCAUCGACAAGUCUGCUUCGUCGAAAAAAUGAAGAGCAAAGCACAAGCAGUACCAUGACGCGGCAAAUAACAUGUGCCAAAAAUGGCGUGCAGAGCUAUGAGUCCUGUUGUGAGAGCGUGCAAGAACGCGACAGGUUUCACAUCAUCAACGUUUCAUCCAUCAAUGGUCUCGUCGUGGAUACAAUGACAGAAAUUUACGCCGCAGCAAAAUUUGGCCUAGUAGGCUUUUCUGCGUCCCUGCGAAAAACGUUGGAACUAGGGUAUGCGGACGGCCCGAAGCCGAUUUAUAUCACAACAGUGUGCCCAGGGCCCAUGGACACUCCUGCUCUCUGGGAGUCAGCACAAACGAUCACCGAGUACGAACAGCAGAGGAGAACUUUAAAUGCCGAUGGCAACAGAGAGUUAAGCUAUAAUCAACCGUCAACUUGUAAGUGCGACUUCGCCACUCCAAUUUUGAUUUUUCGUUUCGAUCUCGUACCUAGAUUGUUCUUUUCUCUCUGCUGGAUGAGUCAUCAUGAUCCGCGACGCUGGACUUUUGACCAUAUAACUGCGCUAAUUUUUUCGCACAUCCAAGAAGUCGACGACAUCACGAAGGCCCUGAUCGCAGAGAAGGAACCGCUUUUCAAAAUGUUGAAAGAACAAAAACUUGCUGUCCCACCACGUUAUGCGGCUGAAGAGCUAGUGCGGAAAGCUGUCAACGCGGAGGAUCCACCUGUCAUCUUGCCAAUGACAUUCGGCUUUCUAGAGGAGGACCUGGCAGCACGCUACUCCCCAGGAUUUUUGCAAAGAGGGAAUAAAAAGUAA